GCGCUGCCGCAGAACAGAUUCCAAAAAACACAAAAUGUGCCGCCACUGUUCACUCCCACAUUCUCUCCUCCUCCUCCUCCUCCUCCUCCCCCCAAUCUUCUUCUCAUCCCCUUCAGCCUCUUCCCCGGCCGCCACCAAUCACCGUCCUCACCCACCAAACACGACGGAUGGCGGCGGCGAUCCCCGUCGUCACGAGCUCCAGCUCCUGUUCAAUAUCAUGGACUCCCUCUCCUCCGACUCCAACUGGAGAAUCUCCCACCCCAACCCCUGUUCUUCCCCCCCUUCCUCUUCUUGGACCGGGAUCGAAUGCAAGUCCGGCCACGUCACCCGACUUGACUUCGGAACCCGCCCGAACCCGACUUGCAAAACCGCAGCCACUUUCCCUCCCGAGAUCUUCCUCCUCCCUCACCUCCAAUCCGUCUUUUUCCUCCGCUGUUUCACCCAAAACCCGACCCGAAUCCUUCUCCCGAAUUCAGGCGACAAGAUCAUCAGUCCCCUGCAGCAGUUGAGCCUCCGGUCGAAUCCCGCGCUCGCCGGCCCCGUCCCUCCCCAAAUCUCUUCCCUGAAAUCCCUUCGGAUCCUCACCCUCUCCCAGAACGGGCUGACCGGCCGGAUUCCGCCGGAAAUCUUCUCCCUCACCGCUCUCCUUCACCUCGACUUGAGCUACAACUUCUUCUCCGGGCCCAUUCCUAUUGAAUUGGGGAACCUGAGGAGCCUCGCCGGUCUUGAUCUGAGCUACAAUAAACUCUGGGGUUCGAUCCCGGAGACCGUGGGGCGUCUCGGGAUGCUCCAGAAGCUCGAUUUGAGCUCGAAUGAGCUCACCGGGAGCAUCCCGAAAUCCAUUCAAGAACUGUACUCUCUGGUUUUCAUAGCUCUGAGCAACAACCGACUCUCCGGGAAGUUCCCGGAGGGGCUCUGGAGAUUGCAGGGGCUACAGUACUUCAUCAUGGACGACAAUCCGAUGUUCGUCUCGCUCCCGGCGGAGUUCGCGAAGCUCCAGAGGCUCCAAGAACUGAGACUGGCCAAUUCCGGGUACUCCGGCUCCAUACCCAGAGCCUAUUCCCAGCUCAACAACUUGACCACAUUGUCACUCCAGAACAACCGGCUGGCCGGCGAGAUUCCGCCGGAAUUGGCGAAUCUGUCGCACAUAUACCACCUGAAUCUGAGCAGAAACAUGCUGGGCGGGGUUGUCCCUUUCAAUUCCAGUUUCUUGAGGAGGCUGGGGAGGAAUUUGGAUCUCAGUGGGAAUGCAGGGCUGUGCUUCAACUCAUCAUCUUCAGGGUACGAAAAUGGAGUCUCCUCUGGAAUUGGCAUUUGCGGGAGGAACAAAACUGGGUUCAACUUGUUGAAGAAAUCCGGGGAUUCGUCGGAGUUGAGAAAACCGUCCGUUUCCAUUGCUGGUUUCGGUAUUGUUUUAGGAAUGCUUCAUUUCUUCUUGUUUGUUCAUUACUGAUUAUUAUAUGAUUCUUUCACUAAUAUUUUCUCUGUUUUUCUUCUUCUUCUUCUAAUCCUUCUUAAUAUUACUCCUGGUGGUUUUUAUCUGCUGGUUGGUUUUGGUGUUCUUUUUGGGGGGUCGUUUUCUUGAUUAUUGGGGACUAAAUACUGUUUAAAUUG